GUGUAUAUAUCUCUGCAAUCAUCAUCAUCAUCUUUAAUUUUCAUUCACGAAAAAAAAUAUGGCCAACGAAAAUGAUAAUACGCUUGAUGAUUCAGACAAGCUUCGUAUUGUAGCCGAUUUUAUUCUACAUGCACCGCCUGGAGAAUUUCGUGAAGUUUUUUCCGAUGUUCGUCAAUUACUUAACAAUGAUGCAUUAUUAAAAGACAAAGCAUGCAACAUUUUUGCUCAAUAUCGUAAAGAUCAAUUGACACCGGUCAAUCUAUCAAAUGGAAAUGAAUUUGCUUUAAUUACCGAAUUUAAUGAUCUUGGUUCGAAUCGUUUUUAUGAUCCGAAAACAAAAAAAUCAUUUAAAUAUGAUUUUUUAACCGAAGAAACAUCUGAUCAUUGUAAUUGGGAACCAGAUCAAACAUGUGAAUCAUGGCGUUUAGCACUAGAUGAUGUUUGGUCAAAUUAUUGUUCAGAUCAUUAUUAUAAAGGUAUUAGCUCGGUAUUUGCCACCACCACCACCACCACUAAUAAUAAUGAUCAAAUAACAUUGAGUGCUUGUAUUGAAGCUCAUCAAUUUCAGCCAAAUAAUUUCUGGAAUGGCUUAUGGAGAUCAAUCUGGAUAAUAACAUUGAAACCGAAUCGAAGUGAAGCGGAAAUAUUUGGUAAAAUUAAAGCACAAGUUCAUUAUUAUGAAAAUGGUAAUGUUCAACUUGUUAGCUUUAAAGAGAUCAAAGAAUUGAUGAAUUUUACGGAUGAAAAAAGUUUGGCAGAAAAUUUUAAAAAUAUCGUUGAAGAAGCCGAAAAUGAAUAUCAGAUUGCCAUCUCACAGAAUUAUCAAAAUAUGUCCGACACAACAUUCAAAGCAUUACGACGUGCAUUACCAGUAACUAGAUCAAAAAUUGAUUGGCACAAAAUAAUGAGCUAUCGAAUAGCGAACGAUAUUAAACAAUCAUAAACAAACAAACAAACAGCCACACAAUUCCAUCAGAUAAAUCAACGCUCGAACUUUGCAAAAAACACACACACACACACAAUGAUAAAUUAUUUUUUCCC